GUACAAUCGAAUGGAGGAAGUGAACCUUAAUGGAGACAUAAGAGGACAUUAUGACUUGUUUAGGAAUGUAAAUAUUAGAGGCAUGCUAGAAAAAUGGCUCUUAUAAUUCUAGGAGAUGCCAGGCAAUCAAUGGUAUCCAUGUUGGCAGUUGCAUACGCUCCUCCUGGCAUGUAACCUUGCCGUCAACACUUUAAACUUCGGGGCGCAUCUGCGACCUUCAACCAGCAACCACAACAUCAUGAUUCUGAGACAGGCGCGCCGGUUUCCUCUAAGGCUUCUAUUUCUACUAUCAAUCCUAGCAACUCAGGCCUCUGCCUCUUAUGGCGACCGCCUCCCGAGCUUCAAGCAUUGCGUAGAGGUCUGCAAGGAAGAGAACUGCGCCAGCGGGCACCCGACGUCAAUACCUCUACUACACCAGCUCCUCUUCUGGGACUGCCCAGCCGAAUGCGAUUACACCUGCCAACAUAUCAUCACCGACCAACGCGUGGCCGCGUCUGAGGACAUCGUCCAAUUCCACGGAAAAUGGCCCUUCUACCGCUUCCUCGGGAUGCAAGAACCCUUCUCAGUCUUCUUCUCCCUCCUUAACUUCCUCGCGCACCAAAAUGGCUUAUCGAAAUUGACCUCGAGCAUACCUGCUUCGUACUCGAUGCGAAAAUACUACGUCCGGUUCGCAUACUUUGGCAUGGCAAGUUGGGUCUUCAGCAUGCUAUUCCAUACGAGAGACUUUGCUCUGACAGAGCAAUUGGAUUAUUUUGCGGCUGGUGCGAGCGUGCUGUAUGGUUUAUACUAUACUGCGAUCCGGUUAUUCCGGUUGGAUCAGGGAGGGAAGCAGACCAAGUCGAUUCUGCGAGCAUGGACACUGCUAUGCAUCAGCAUGUACGUGGCACAUGUCACAUACCUGAAAUGGUACGAUUGGGACUAUACAUACAACAUGGCUGCAAACGUGGUGGUUGGUGUGGUGCAUAAUUUGAUGUGGAGUUGGUUCAGUUACAAGAAGUACAGGCAGUCUGGGCGAACUUGGGCAAUGUGGCCAGGAUUUAUUGUUGCUUGGAUUAUGGUGGUUAUGAGCUUGGAAGUGCUUGAUUUCCCACCGUUGUUUGGAUGCUUGGAUGCACACAGUCUUUGGCAUCUUGGGACUGUUGGUCCAACCAUGGUUUGGUACAACUUCUUACUCAAAGACGCUCAAGACGACAUGGCAGGACAACGACUCAAGGCUUGAAAAGUAAUAGAGGGAGGACAGAAUAACAAUUUUACUUGGUCAGCAGUGGCCUACUGGGAGAGGCUUGUGGUCCCUCGUGCCGUAUUUCUUGGUCGACUUAUGGCUCCAGAACCAGCGAAUGUGCAGUUCGCUUGCUUUGCUUGCAGAAGAUACCCAAUUCAAUAUUCUUUGGAUUUCGAGUGAGUAAGAUAGGGCACGGAGGCUUUGAAUGGGCAUUGGAUCCCUCAAAACAAUGAUGAGGUUCUUGCAUACGAGUGUUUAAAUAUAUCAAUAUCGACUUUUGGACUUUGGUCCAUUUUACAAUAGCGAUUUUGACGACAUUGAGAACCCCAAAGAUGCUGUCCCGUGAUUGACGUUCUAAAAUCGUCGUCUUACCUUCUCAAACCAUG